AAAACAAAAACAGAAAAAAAAAAAAGCCAAAAAAAAGAAAAAAAACCAUUGAUUGAUUUAAAUUCCCUCCUCAACAUGCCCACUUUGGCAUUCUUCAUUGGUCUUCAUCGGGAGCUCCGCUCCUCUUUUGAAAGAUAAAAAAGAAAAAAGAAAAAAAAAAGGCUCUCCUUCUUCUUGCAGAUCUCCAUUUCAGUUCAAUUCACUCUGUUUCUCUCUCCAAUUCCCUAACAAUGGAGAGCUCUGCCCUCCACUACUCUCUCUCCACCACCUCCUCUUUCUCUCUCUCUUCCCGCACCUCUCUGCUGCUUCACAAUCGCUCUCGUCCCUUCUCCAAAUCUCCACCGUCCAUCCCCCAUGGCUCUGUUAAUCACUCCUUCCCGACCCUCCGAUCAUCCACACCACUCUUUUCCCACAAACCCAGUAUCCUUUUCUCUCCCCUCUCAAAACCCCGCAAAACCCACUUCUCUAUUCGAGCUUCUUCUUCUUCUUCUUCCCCACCACCACCACCACCACAAUCCCAAACCAAUAAUCCCCCUCCGAACCCAUCACCGUUUCAGGGAGCGAAACCAAUCCCAUUAAUCAUCUCCAUCGCCAUUGGCGUCGUCGUUCGCUUCUUCAUCCCCAAACCCGUCGAAGUUUCACCGCAAGCUUGGCAAUUGCUUGCCAUUUUCUUAUCCACCAUUGCUGGUCUGGUUCUGAGCCCAUUGCCGGUCGGGGCUUGGGCUUUUCUCGGUCUGACGACUUCGAUAGUGACUAAAACGCUUUCUUUUACGACGGCAUUUAGCGCCUUCACGAACGAGGUGAUUUGGUUGAUUGUAAUUUCUUUCUUUUUCGCUCGUGGCUUCGUGAAGACUGGGUUGGGGGAUAGAAUCGCUACCUACUUUGUGAAGUGGCUGGGGAAGAGUACAUUGGGUUUGUCUUACGGGUUGACGAUCAGCGAGGCUUUGAUUGCUCCGGCAAUGCCCAGCACGACGGCGAGGGCCGGCGGGGUCUUCUUGCCGAUUAUCAAGUCGUUGUCGCUCUCGGCGGGAAGUAAACCGGGUGACCCUUCAAAAAAAAAGAUUGGUUCUUAUCUAAUUCAGUCCCAGUUCCAGUCUGCUGGUAACUCUAGUGCUCUUUUCCUUACGGCUGCGGCCCAAAAUUUACUAUGCCUUAAAUUGGCUGAGGAACUCGGGGUAAUAAUUUCAAGCCCUUGGAUUGCUUGGUUCAAGGCUGCCAGUUUACCAGCUUUUGCUUCGCUUCUAGCUACUCCACUAGUUUUAUACAAGCUUUAUCCUCCCGAAACGAAAGAUACACCUGAAGCCCCUGCUAUGGCUGCCAAGAAACUGGAGCUUUUGGGUCCUGUGACACGAAAUGAAUGGAUCAUGGUUGGUACAAUGCUUCUUGCAGUGUCACUGUGGGUCUUUGGAGAAGCUCUUGCUGUAGCAAGUGUUGUAGCUGCAAUGAUUGGUUUAUCUAUACUCCUUUUGUUAGGAGUCCUUGAUUGGGAUGAUUGCUUACGUGAGACAUCAGCAUGGGAUACCUUGGCGUGGUUUGCUGUUCUAGUGGGCAUGGCUGGGCAACUGACAAAUCUUGGUAUUGUAACCUGGAUGUCUGGUUGUGUUGCCACCUUACUUCAAUCCUUCUCUCUGAGCUGGCCGGCUGCAUUUGGUGUUCUUCAGGCAGCUUAUUUCUUUAUCCACUACCUGUUUGCAAGUCAAACGGGUCAUGUGGGUGCCUUAUACUCUGCAUUUCUUGCUAUGCACUUGGCAGCUGGGGUACCUGGUGUUUUGGCAGCAUUGGCUUUAGCUUACAAUACAAAUCUUUUUGGUGCUAUAACACAUUAUAGCAGUGGGCAGGCUGCUGUAUACUAUGGAGCUGGUUAUGUAGAUCUUCCUGACGUGUUCAAAAUGGGCUUGGUGAUGGCUUUUAUUAAUGCUAUCAUCUGGGCAGUAGUUGGAUCGUUCUGGUGGAAAUUUUUGGGCCUAUAUUGAUUUCCAAUUUUCCUCAUUGGGAAUGAGGAGUGUACUUGAAUAGGUGGAUAAUGCACAUACAGUAUAGAGAAACCUGGUACUCUUUGGUGGGUAAUUUUGUUUAGCUGCGGCAAUAUGUCCCUGAAUAUUAGACCACAGCACCUGUAGAGUGCAGUUUUAUUUAAGCUACUAUUUUUCUUGCUUCAAUGUCACAAGCAACCAACAAAUAUACAACCCAUGCUCAUCCUGCACCAUUGUUAAUGCCGAAUAAUCUCUGGUAUAUACAGUUAUUAACAAUAGAUUCUGUGAUUUUGUAUUCUACAAGGGUAAUUACAUAAACAUCCCCAUUUUUCUGUUUUUCUUUUUUCACAUAUUUACCAUUAUGUUCUGAUUUAUUAGAAAUAUAUCCCUUUCUAUUUAUUUUUGAUGAAUUAUGUAGCCGUUUGUCAUUUAAAGAUGACAGGCAAAGUUACUCAAUUGAGAUUAAUUUCUCCAAAAUAUCCUUUCUAUACUUUUAUUCAAUUGUAAUGCAAUAUUCCAUCAA